AUGACCGACGGGCCCUACUCCACCACCUGUCGCAUCCACGGCUCCACCAACAUCCACGACGACGGCUACGCCCUCGAGAACUCCGACAAGAGUCCCACCUUUCGACCCUUCCAGCACAACCUCCCCCACUGCUCGCCCGAGGUCCACCGCACGUGCUGGUGCGUCAACUUCAUCGCCGAGCACACAAGACUCAAGGAGGAUUCGACGAAGGUGAAGGAGGACUGGAAGUACGUGGCCAUGGUGCUGGACCGGCUGUUCCUGUGGAUCUUCACCCUGGCAGUGCUGGUGGGCACGGCCGGCAUCAUCCUGCAGGCGCCUUCGCUCUACGACGACCGCGUCCCCUGGACAAGAAGCUCAUUUGCCAAAUAUGAAGAAAUACUCGAGGACUUUUGUCCGAGUUCAUAA